AUACCAGACACACCAUGUAACAAAUCGGAAGUAAAGGUAAAAUAAACAUUCUUAGUAGAGCUAGACUAACGUUGUGAGACAUUCACUUUUCAUCAUCCUACACACCUUUCUGUUUAGUUGCUGCCAUAGCAACAAUUAAUGACGCUGCUCAUCAAGUAUAUAUAGAGCUAGCUUGCUUUGCUAAUUAUACACUAGCUUGAUAUAUUUUCAAAUAAGCCUAUCUAAACAGGCAAAAUGGGAAAGCGCGUUGAAAAGGCAAAAGAGAAAACGGAGAAGGGCAAUGCAGGAGUUGAGGAACAACUCUCGAAAACAGCAGGAUUAAACGUUCAGGAUAGAUGUCCUGUUCAGAACAUAGAUGACUAUCAGUGUUCUGGCAGUCUGGAGAUAGACUUCCCCGAGCUUUGUGGUCUUCUGGGAAUGGGGGAAAUCCCUUCUGUCACCAUAAGACAUCCUGCCUCUGUUUCCCCAACCAUAGACAGAGGCAAUAUAGAGGACAGUCAAUCCCAGAUGGGUGCUGGAUUAGCAACCACUACAUGGUGCCCAAAGCCAUGCCUUGUGGUAGAACUGGAGAAUGAAGACCCUUGCAGUGUCAAAGAGGUCAGGAUAUUUGGGUGGAAGGUGGAUGAGCUUAAGGCGCGAGUGCUGAAGAAGACUCUUCCGUCGCUAAGCCAUCUACAAAACCUGCAUCUGUGGAGGGCUGGUCUGACGGAGCAAAGUCUGAUCUCCAUUAGGAAUACAAUCUCACUGUGCUCCAACCUCAGGAAUGUCGUUUUGGAGGGAAACCCUAUUCCGGAGCAGAGUUACCACCUUCUUCUAUCUGAAGAUAGUGUCCUUACUCACCUAUCACUUCGAAACAACCGGAUCGGAGAAGAGGGGGCUCGUCUUAUUGGCUCAGCCCUGUCAACAAGCAACUCGGCCAAUAAGACUCUUUUUCACCUGAACCUGGCCUUCAAUUCCAUUGGGGAUGCAGGAGCUGUUCAUAUAGCACAGGGUUUGCGUCUGAAUCGUUCCUUGCUCUGUCUCUCUCUGGCCAACAACCAAAUAGGAGACUCUGGGGCUGCCCGUCUGGCAGAGGUACUUGGUCCAUUUGCCCUGAGCCACGAGGAGAUAGUGGAAAGGAGGAAGCUGCUGCUGACUAGGGACCAGUCGCCUUCUCAAGCAGUCAGCGCUGACUCAAAGUGUGACCGUCCUCUCUCCAUCCCCAGCAGCUCCUCUCUGGAGCGCAACGUCAGCAAGGGGACCAAGAGCGCUUCCAGAAAGAAGGACACGCCCAAAAAGGAUGAGAAGCCAGCUGCUAAUCAGGCAGGGGCUGCAGCGGGAAAGAAAGAGGAGCUAAAACUCAGUAAGAAAGGUAAUGUUUUUUCCUACUACAACUGUUUCAAAUGUUACACAGCUGUGUUUAUAAUGAGUGUUCUCAUUUUUUAUGUCCGGUUCGUUCUAAGUGUCCGACACCAAGGUGCCCAAAGAAAUAACCUUUUGCGGUAUAUGCCACUGGAUUUAUUAAGCCGAUGUUCCCGAAAGCUCAUAGCUCUGUCUGUCUUUGUGCAGGAUAAAAGCAAUGGUACACAGAAUAAGUCAGCUGAGUUGGUUGAGAUAGUGAGCCCCCUGCUGGAAGCAGGAGUGCAGCACGCCGGAGGCCAGGUCAUUCUGCCUGGGAACACAGCUCUCACCUCCCUCAACCUGGCAGGCAACAGGCUGACAGAGAAAUCUCUCCUCCUGUUCCUGCCCUCACUCGUGGCACAGGGUGAAGCAGGAGGCUUGCUACGUCUUUGUCUUAAUAGGAACCGCUUCCCUCAAGACUGUGAAGCCUUUCAUAAGAUACAAGAGAUAAUGUCACACAGAGACCCACUUAACAAAACUGCCAUCAGUCAGCCUGAGGAGGACCAGGGGCAGGCUGCAUAGUCUUGUAAGAGGAUAUGAUAUUGAUCCCAUGCAUCUUCAUUCAACCGCUAAAUAUAUAUUUAGUUGUUUUGUCUUCCACUUUAUUAUAUAUUCCUGAGUACAGAUGUCAUCCCACAUAACUACAGUAAAUUCAUGAAUUAUGGAUGUAUCUUAUUUGAUUGAAAGUCAAUUACUUUGCAUUACUCGCGACAUUGUUUGGGUCUCAAUUAUUUUGCUAUCUGUUAAUAAAGAAUUACUUUUAAUGGAA